GAGGGAGUGGCUACGGCGGGCCGCGAGGUGCGGCGGUGAGCCCGAGAGCUGAAGGAAAGGCCUUGCGGGCGCCGUUGCUUAUCUUCCUUUGCUGCGAACACGAGUGGUGCUAACCCUUGCUCACUGUCCCCGAGUGCCCAGGACGGGGAUCUCGCGUCAGCUUUCCCUUGAGGCUCUCAGGUGGCAACUGCCUCCCCUCGCGGAAGUGAGGGGCGCGGCCCUGCGGACCCCGAGCCUCCAUGGGCCCGACCCCGAAGGCCAAUGUUUGCCGUAUGCUGAGUCGCCGGGCUUUAGGCUUCUUCGCACGCGAUGCGGGCGUGGUGCAGAGGGCGAACCUGGGCAUCCUGCGGGCGCUGGUGUGCCAGGAGAGUACUAAAUUUAAGAAUGUUUGGACAACCCAUUCCAAGUCACCUAUAGCCUAUGAAAGAGGAAGAAUUUAUUUUGACAAUUACCGGUGCUGUGUCAGCAGUGUUGCAUCAGAGCCAAGAAAACUUUAUGAAAUGCCAAAAUGUUCCAAAUCAGAAAAAAUUGAGGAUGCUUUGUUAUGGGAAUGCCCAGUGGGAGAAAUACUUCCUGACCCGUCAGAUUAUAAAUCCUCACUCAUAGCACUGACUGCUCAUAAUUGGCUGCUUCGUAUAUCGGCGACUACAGGGGAAAUCCUGGAGAAGAUAUACCUUGCUUCCUAUUGCAAGUUCAGGUACUUGAGCUGGGACACCCCUCAAGAGGUCAUUGCGGUCAAGUCAGCUCAGAACAAAGGCUCAGCAGUGGCCCGGCAGGCAGGCACUCAGCAGUCUGUUUUGUUAUACCUUGCAGUGUUCCGGGUUCUGCCCUUUUCACUUGUAGGGAUUCUAGAGAUCAACAAAAAGGUUUUCGCGAAUGUCACAGAUGCUACCUUGUCACAUGGAAUACUGAUUGUGAUGUACAGCUCGGGACUGGUCAGACUGUAUAGCUUCCAAGCCAUCCUUGAGCAGUUCAUGCAACAGAAACUUGACUUAGGGUGUGCAUGCAGUCAGGGCGGGACUACUGGGACUGUAGGAGAGGCUCCUUUUGGCAUUCCUUGUAAUGUUAAGAUCACAGGCUCGCCAUCCCCGCUCUUUGAAGUCUCCUCCCUGGAGAACGCGUUUCAGAUUGGCGGCCAUCCUUGGCACUACAUCAUCACACCUAAUAAGAAGAAACAGAAAGGAGUUUUCCAUAUUUGUGCUCUAAAAGAUAAUUCUUUGGCAAAAAAUGGAAUCCAAGAAAUGGAGUGUUGUUCCCUAGAAUCUGACUGGAUCUAUUUUCACCCUGAUGCUUCUGGAAGAAUUAUACAUGUUGGCCCAAAUCAAGUCAAAGUCUUGAAGCUAAGUGAGGUAGAAAAUAAUAGUUCUCAGCAUCAGGUCUCUGAAGAUUUUGUCAUCUGGGCCAAUAGAGAAGACAGAAACGAAAACGUAAUCACCAUUACAGCUUCUGGACGCGUGGUGAAAAGAAAUUUCAGCCUCCUGGAUGAUGACCCGGAGCAGGAGACUAUCAAAAUUGUGGACUAUGAGGAUGAGCUGGACUUGCUGUCUGUAGUGGCUGUCACUCAAAUAGAUGCCGAGGGAAAAGCUCACUUGGAUUUCCACUGUAACGAGUACGGAACCUUACUCAAGAGCAUCCCGCUAGUGGAGUCGUGGGAUGUGACAUAUAGCCAUGAAGUCUACUUUGACAGAGACUUGGUGCUGCACAUUGAACAGAAACCCAACCGGGUCUUCAGCUGCUAUGUUUACCAGAUGGUCUGUGACCCUGGAGAAGAAGAAGAAAUUGUCAACAGAAGUGAUUAAGACAGUGAGAUCAUUGUAACUUGAAGCAUUUGGUGAAACACCCUAUCAGCUUAUUAUCUGCAUGGAACAUUCUGCAGUAUUUUACGUAACAGGUCGUGUGCUAGCUUUUUUCAAAAGACUGGGUUAAACUCUUGCACAUAAGGGGGUAAGGACUCCAUUUUAUGUGAAUGCGCUCUAGACUGCUGUCCCAAGAGACCCAGCCUUUGACUCUUCUAGACGAGGUGCUACUGUGGAUAUGAAAUGCUAGGGAACGGGACAGUUACAUUUAGGUGUCAGGAGACAUCAUUGAUGCAGGGAUAAUUACCAUGACUUUUAACGACUACUGUAAUGUUUUAAUUGGUAAGGCUAGGAGAGAGAAACAAAUAAAAAUAUUAAACAUAGAAGCCAGGUGUAACACAUCUGUAAUCCCAGCACAUGGCAUGUAGAGCAAAAAGAGCCGGAGUUCAAAGCCAGUGUUGGCUAUAUAGCAAAUUUAAGGCCAGGUUGCUCUCAAAUGACAGCAAAAAGAUAAAUAAGUCCUAUAUACUCUAUACCAAACUUUUCUUAAAGAUUAUAAAUAGGAUUUGUAAUAAAAAUCAUACUUUUGAGCCAAAAAUCAUCACAGCUUCUUGGUAAAAAACAAAAAAAUACAUAUAAUUUUGUGUGUGUAUGUUUCUAUACAAUAUCAAGAAUUGAUUCUAGUUAUAAAAUUACCAUUUCUUAUAUGAUCUUA